CUGUUCUAGUUACUCUUCGUUCCUUUUGCGUUCAAUACUCAGAGUGUCCUUCGUUCCCCAGUUAUGGAAAAUUUCGCGAUUUCCAGAAUGUUGGGCAGGAACUCGCUAAGGUUGAGACAUGGUGCAGCUGCCUCUCUGAAGCUUCUGCACAAACGUGCGCAGAGCACAGCAGGGAUGUCCUUUGAGGUGACUUCGAUGCAUCAACAACUUCGUGAAACUGCGCGCAAAUUCACAGCUGAGGAGAUCAUUCCGGUCGCUGCUGAGUAUGACAAGACUAUGAAAUAUCCUUGGGACAUUAUCAAGAAAGCUCAUGCAUGUGGCCUUCUCAAUACUGAAAUCCCGGAGGCCUAUGGAGGCAUGGGUAUGGAUAUGGUAUCCAACGUCAUUAUCAGCGAAGAAAUCGCCUAUGGAUGCUCUGGAAUCGGUACAGCAAUGCUAGCAAAUGGUUUGGCCGAAACCCCACUGAUUGCCUGCGGUAGCGAAGAGAUUCAAAAGAAAUUUCUCCCUAGAAUGGUCGAAGAACCGUUAGUAGCAGCGUACUGUGUUACGGAAUCAAUCGCUGGUUCUGAUGUUGCUGGAACCAAGACAAGGUGUGAAAAGAAAGGUGACGAGUAUAUCAUAAAUGGAACAAAAAUGUGGAUUACUAAUGCUGGACAUGCUAACUGGUUCUUCGUACUUGCUCGUUCCAAUCCCGACCCCAAAGCCCCCGCUGGAGGAGCAUUCACCGCUUUUGCCGUUGAAGGAGACACUCCUGGAAUUAUAAGAGGAAAGAAGGAAAUCAAUCUUGGGCAACGAUGCUCUGACACUCGUGGUAUAACAUUCGAGGACGUGCGUGUCCCAGCAUGCAAUGUGAUCGGUGCCCCCGGAGAAGGCUUCAAGGUAGCGAUGAGGACUUUUGAUUUGACGCGACCGCUCGUGGCUGCUCUAGCGACAGGACUUUCAGCACGUUGUCUCGACGAAGCCACCAAGUACUCGCUGGAAAGGAAAACAUUCGGAACACCAAUUGCUAACCAUCAAGCCGUACAAUUCAUCCUUGCCGAUAUGGCAGCAAAUGUGGAAUUGGCACGACUUAUGACGUAUAAGAGCGCAUAUGAGGUUGACCAAAAGCGUACGGGUUCCUACUACGCAUCCAUCGCCAAAUUGUUCGCUGCAGACACAGCAAAUUUAGCAGCCACGAACGCUGUGCAGGUGUUCGGUGGAGCAGGUUUCAAUAGCGAGUAUCCUGUCGAGAAAUUGUUGAGGGACGCGAAGAUUUUCCAAAUUUAUGAGGGAACGAGUCAAAUACAACAUCUGGUCAUUGCUCGUAAUCUACUGCAGAGGGUGAAGACCACUGGUGGAUACUAACACAGACUGUCAAGAAAGUUUUCAACUUGUACUUAUCACGAAGUCUUGCCUUUAUGUCUCAACAAAUUCGUAGGCCAAGCUAUUGCAAUUCUACCUCAUGACUUCUACAAGGUUUUAGCGAAAAAAAUUCGGUGCAAUGGGUCAAUUCAAAAUGCAUCGUUUUUUAUCCAUUGGAUCCAGAGUAAAGAAAACAUUGCCCUGAAAUCAAUACUCAAGUAAAGCUGCUUUAGUUGGCCUACAAUUCUAAUUUAAUAAAGAAUAUUUUAUGUGC